AUACCCCUUCCGUCUGGCUGGCUAAGAUUCUUGCUAGGAGGUAGGUUUUAGGAUGUGCAGGAAAGGUGGGUUAUCAGAUGAUCACAUCAUGUUUUGAGAUUUCCAAUUUCAGUGCAUGUUAAAAGAAUUGGGCUUUCUGAUGAAAUUAUUGAUGGAAGAACGCCAAUGGAUUCAAGUUUGUUGUUUGCUAUGUAUGUUGUCGCCGGGUUUUUUGCUGUGAUGCCCUCUCGGUACCAUGAAAGCACGUUGGGCCCUCUCACCUGUCGUGUGUUUUGUCCUCAACCCUACUUUCUAUGAACUUUCUCAACUGCAAACACCACGCUCCAGCAUUCCCUCCUGCCCAGCGCCCUCCCUCCUCUCCAUAAAACAAACAUCCCCUCCUUCUUACUCCCUACAAUUAUCUUUACCCCGCCAAUCUCUACCCCUACAACCCGAAAAAAAAAACGCCACACGAAUUCCAAUGGCAAUCCCUGAACCACCGUCUGUAAGUUAAAACACCUUCCCGCAUUCGCUCAUCUAAGCACUCUUAUUGAAAGACUUUAUCCAGGCAACUCGCAAAGUCGACGAUGACACACUUGACGAUUGGCUAGACAGCCGUGACGCCCUCGAAGCAGCGAUCAUCCGACUCUAUAAAAAAAACAGGGAACACCUUGCGGCCUUGGAAAAUAUUAAGCAGGAUAAGGAGCUUGACGAAGGUGCUCGCAAAAGACUUCUUGCGGAAAUUAGAAGCAAGAUCAGGCGAAUUGACGGCAAGAUGCUCGAUUAUAAAGAGCAGCUGGAAAGGCUGAAUAGUGGCCUGAAAGCUAUGGGCAUUUGUGUUGUGCCAAUUCACAGGGUACUCGAUCGGUUUGAUUGACUGCGGAUAUCUGGGUGGGGGGGUAUUAGGGAGGACGGGAGAGGGAUGGUUUUUAUAGUGUUGGUUAACUCCAGAGUGUCAAGGGUGCUCAGCCUUCAGAGGUGGGAUGGGAUGGACAUUCUAGUGGAGAGCUGGGCGAAUACUUUGUAAGUGAAAAAAAUCAACUCGUCGCGGCAAUAUACUAACAACCUCCACGGAAUAUUAGGACGUGGAAUGGGAUGGACAUUCUAGUGGGAGAGUUGAUGGAUACUUUGUGAACAAAAACCUUUUUAUUUGUAAGUGGGAGAAGAGAUAAAAAAACCAUCAAAAUCUCGUUUGUGAUAAUGGACUAACGAUCCCACCGGAAUAACAGAUGCUCGCUCUGUCUCUUUAUACCAUCAUACUUCUUUGCAAGUUCACUUAUGGCUCGGAUUAUUGGAUAAACCCCGCACUACAUGGCUCCCCUUUGGUCUCCUUCUUGCCCCGUUCAC